AUGAGCAUUUCUGUACAUUCCACGGGUGAGCCUGACACCGUUGGGCCUUAUCCCCAUCCGCGAAAAACCAUCCGUCAACGCCUAGAGUCACUUCGCCGUGCCUUCACCACCAGAGAUGGACUAAUCGGCGACUAUGACUACGCCUCCCUCUUUCGUCCCGAAAUUCCAUUUGUUAAGCGCACUCCACGGGCAAUGCCUUUCUUCGGACUCAAUGACCCAAUUCCUGUUUUGCUAGCCGUGAUCCUAGGUGUGCAGCAUGCCCUCGCCCUGCUAGGUGGCCUUAUUAGCCCGCCUAAGAUUCUCUCUAGUAGUAUGAACCUCGACACUAUACAGAGCCAGUACCUGGUAUCCACGGCUUUGAUAGUCUCUGGCAUUCUUUCUAUGGUCCAGAUCAUUCGGUUUCGCAUUUACAACACACCGUAUUAUAUCGGUACCGGCGUUAUAUCAAUGGUCGGAGUGUCCUUUUCUAUCAUCACUGUCGCUUCUAAAGGCGUCAAUCAGAUGUACGAGAAUGGUUUUUGUCCGACGGCUGAUGAUGGCACCAAACUUCCCUGCCCCGAUGCAUACGGCGCUUUUCUCGGAACGUCCGCUUGCUGCGCGCUCAUUGAGGUCCUUCUUUCAUUCAUUCCCCCGGCUGCAAUAAAGAAAAUUUUCCCACCGAUUGUCACGGGUCCGACUAUCAUGUUGAUCGGUACCUCCCUGCUGCAAACUGGUUUUGAACAGUGGGCUGGCGGGUCCAGUGACUGCAUGUCCCGCCCUGAAUCUGGACAAUAUGUCUUGUGCCCCAGUGUGGACGCACCUCACGCGCUUCCAUGGGGAAGUGCCGAGUUCGUUGGGCUCGGCUUUUUGGUAUUCGUGACCAUUUUAAUAUGCGAAAGGUUCGGGGCGCCCAUAAUGAAGUCCUGUGCUGUGAUUAUUGGUUUGCUUAUCGGUUGCAUUGUUGCUGCUGCCUGCGGAUAUUUCGAUGGAACCGAAAUUUCAGAGGCUCCGGUAGCCUCAUUCAUCUGGGUCCAUACGUUUAAGCUUCAGGUCUACGGGCCGUUAGUGUUGCCGUUACUUGCUGUUUUCAUCCUUUGCGCCUGCGAAGCCGUGGGCGACGUGACCGCCACCUGUGAUGUCUCGCGACUCGAAGUUGAGGGCAAGGUUUUCAAUUCCCGUAUCCAGGGUUGUAUGCUAUCCGACGGUCUCGGUUGCAUCUUUGCAGCUUUAGGCACCAUGACACCGAUGACGACCUUUGCCCAGAACAACGGUGUCAUUGCGCUGACCCGAUGUGCCAAUCGAGCUGCUGGCUUCUGCUGCUGCCUCUUCUUGAUAAUUGCCGGCAUUUUUGCCAAAUUUGCCGCUGCCAUUGUAGCAAUACCCGACCCGGUUAUGGGAGGCAUGACAACGUUCCUCUUCUCCUCAGUCUUGGUCAGUGGCCUUGCCAUUGUGGCAAAAAUUCCGUUUAACCGUCGCAACCGCUUUAUUCUCACGGCUUCCUUAGCAUUAGGAUAUGGAGCAACGCUUGUGCCGUCCUGGUUUUCUUAUGUUUUUCAUGAAACAGAUAACAGGAGUCUUCAAGGACUUUUUGAUGCCAUCGUUCUUGUCCUGGAAACUGGCUUUGCCGUUACAGCUUUUGUGGCAAUGAUCCUGCAUAACAUCAUGCCCGACGAGAUCAUGGAUACAUUCACUGUGGAUGUGGUUGAUGGCCACGCACCUGCAGAGAGCAGUACCAGAGCUUAUCAGCUGGAGCAGAUGGGUGGUAAAUAA